AUGCCAAAAAUCUUUCAUAGAGAUGGAUGCAAGUCAAAGAACCCAAUGGACUUCCUCAAGUCAUUCAACCAGGCCAUGAGACAACAGUCUAUCACCAUGCUCACAGACAAGAUAGAAGCAUUUGGUAAUUAUCUAGGGACAGGGUCAGAUGCAGAGAUAUGGUUUAAAGUGCUCACAGCAAGUUCAAAAGCAACCUGGGCAGCAUUUGUAGUCAAAUUUGAAGUUCAAUGGCUGCCAAUUAUAGUCACAGAGAAGACUAAGGCAGAGUUCAAAAGGGAACUGAUGGAACACCUCUUGUCAGACACAGAUGUGGGAACAAAGACCACACUGUACAACAGAGAGUGCUGGAUGCAUGAAGCCUGGGUGACCAAGGCAUUGCAGCUGGCUAAUAGAGCAGGGAUUGCAGCAAGCACUUCAAUAAUUUGGCAGGUCAGAGGGCAACUGCCAAGCAUCAUCAAAGAUCUGUUAAAGGCUGAUGAGUAUGUGGAUUGGGCUGCAUUCACAAUGGAGGUCAAAGGACUCAAGGGCAAUAGAUUCCUAGAGAAGAAGGAGCAGUAUAACAGACAAGAAUAUGAAGUCAAUGUGCUAUGUGUAGAUGUUGUGUGCUUACAACAGUGCAAUCCUACACAGAACUCACUUGUAGCACUCCAGAACCAGCUCUUGCAAAUGUCCAUCAACCCUAUGAAAGCACCAAACACACCCUUAGGCAAUAGCACUGUUUUAUGCAUGCCUACCUCCCAAAUGAACCAAUACCAGCAGCCCACAUUCACCCAUCAGCCAGUAACAUCCCCCCAAUUGCUCAUGAUCAAGGAAGACCUUAAGAAUGCAAUACAGCAACUUGUCUUAUCAUUUAUACACUACCUAGACACUCUAGCAGGUCAGGCAGCAUACACAGUACAGAUUGCACAAUGGAACACAAAGUGGGGAGAGCACACAAGGGUCACACAGGAGACAGGAUACUCCCUAAAGCCAGGGACCACAGUCAUUGCCUCAAGCAAGUGCUUCAAUUGUGGAACUCAUGGAUACAACGGUCAGAACUGUGUACUACCAGCAAACCAUGCAGAAUGA